AUGACUUCCUUGAUGUCCGACUCUGGGGAGAUGAUCAAGGACGCCAAGAUUAUACAAAUGAACUAUGUUAGCAACUGGUACACGCUUGAUCUGCUUAGUUGCCUUCCAUACGAUAUAAUUUACUUCGUCCUAAACAACGUCAAAGACACAGCAAGGAAUGGAAUCGGUUCUUCUGACUCGAAUUCAUCUGCGACAUCCCUCUUCUCCGCGCUGAAAGUUAUCCGUCUUCUCCGCGUCGCCCGGGUCGCCCGAAAAAUGGAUCAUUUUGCAGAGUACUCUGGCGUCGUUCUCAUGAUUCUUGUCGGCGCGUUUGGGUUGUUUGGACACUGGCUAGCUUGCAUGUGGUUCGCCAUUGGUAUCAACACAAUUUGCACGGAUGAGGGAAAAUUGAUGGAGCAUAACUGGCUUGUUCGUUUUUCUAAUGACAUAUCAAAGGAGUACAAAAUCCAACAAGGCUGCAAUGUGACAGCAGGACCAGAACAUUUGGAUGCUUACCUGGCUUCUUUGUAUUUUGUCAUGUCUUCUUUGACUUCCGUCGGAUUCGGCAACAUCGCACCCUACAGUCCCUACGAGCAAAGUUUCAGCGUUGUGGUACUUAUUUUCGGUGCGUUACUGUAUGCCAUGAUUUUCGGAAAUGUGACGACCAUAAUCUCCCAAAUUUAUGCGGAUAUGAACCGCUACCACGACUCGCUAAAUUCGGUGCGCGAAUUCGCGAGGUUCAACUCAGUGCCUCAAAAUAUAGAGGCGCGGAUCAUGGACUUUAUGGUCACUACGUGGCAGCAAACGAAGGGAAUAGAUACGAACGCUGUGAUCAACCUCUGCCCGAAAGACCUCAAAGCUGACAUCUGCGUGCAUUUACAUCGCCGAGUUUUCAACGGACACAGGUGCUUCCUGGAGGCGUCCGAUGCAUGUCUUCGAUCGCUGGCUCUAGAAUUCCAGACGAUUCACGUGUCGGCCGGAGACAUUGUCUACCACAAAGGAGAAUAUGUGGACGAGCUUUCUUUUGUAGCAAGGGGAAUUUUAGAAGUGCUACAGGACGGAGAAGUAAUAGCGGUUCUAAGCAAUGGGGAUGCAUUCGGAGAUAAUGUUUGGAGAAGACCGCUCUCCCACGGCCCAGCGAAAUGUGUGGUUUACAUCCGCGCGCUUAGUUUCACCGACAUUCACGUGAUCAAACGUGCCUCGCUCAAGAAAGUGCUUGGUUUUUACAACGAUUACGCGAAAUCUUUCGACCGCGAGCUCAAACUCGCCGUCAACGUUUGCGAGAGUGUUCAUUUCCGGAAGAUUAAACGCAAAAAGCAGAAAUUGGUAGCCGGAGAUAGCGUCAAAGGUGGCAUUUCGAGUAUUUUAGCGGCUGCUGUUAAUGAUGGAGCAAUGGGGUUAAUUCCCGGAGCUUCGAUGGAAGAAGUAACAGACGAGCGAAAGAAAGAACUUCCCAUGAAAAGCGAAGUAAAUAACGAAGAGCAAAAAUUUUCCCCUGCUGGCUCUUCAAAAGGUCUCGAAAGAAGCGAUGCGAUUGAAACUGAACCAACUUCCGAAUCUUCUGAAUCGGAAAAUGACGAGGAUGAAGUCUCGAGGAAAAUCAAUCCUCAGGUGUUGAGCGAGAUAAGUGAUCUGUACUCGUCUGUCCGUGAUGAUUCAAAACGACUUAAUGACCAGCUUGAGCGUCUGGAGGAACUUCUCGAGGGAACUUUAGGAGUAGAGCUUGGGAAGAAAUCGAGAACUGAAUCGAUAUCGCUUAAUUCUGACGAAGAAGUACACUCUGGCGGAUACACGAAUACCAUCACGAGUUUGAUCGAACUACCAAACAAACAAUCGCAAACUCUUAAACAAAUGUCGCAGAGAAAGAAAACUGGCCAGAAACACGCCACAAAACAAUCAUCUCUCAACAGAUUGGCUCCGAUAUUCCAGUCGAGAAGGCUUUCAAAGACAGAAGAACCUACUAACAGUGACCAAGAAUCGUCUUAUUGA